AUUCGGAUAAGUUUUUUUACGCGUACAUUUUUUAAUUUUGUCAAGAUAGCAUGUUCUUCAGACAGUAUAGUGACGCUAAUAGAUACGUUGCGCUACGCGAACGAUAAGCCAAAUCACAUACGCACUGCGUCCCAUGACACUACUAGCCAUGAAUUCACAUUGACCUCUCUGGUAUACUGCCGAAUUUGCGCGGGCGGCGACCUUAACCUUUUAUCGAUUAUACUCGGUAUCAUGGCUUUACGUCGUGGAAAACGUAAUCUGAAACUGCAAGUCUCCGACGAAGCUCCUGCGCCAGUGACUCCACCAAGAAAUUUAGACAAACGGACUACCAUUACUAUAGAUGAAAAAACGUUUGUCGUGGAAGCUGACGAUUUAGAAACACUUUGUGUACUUGGUCGUGGAGCAUAUGGGAUUGUUGAUAAAAUGCGACACAAACAGAGUGGCACAAUUAUGGCUGUUAAGAGGAUAGCUGCUACGGUUAAUACACAAGAGCAAAAGCGGCUGCUCAUGGAUUUAGAUAUUUCUAUGCGUAGCUCGGCAUGUCCCUAUACAGUACAAUUCUAUGGAGCCUUAUUUCGAGAAGGAGAUGUAUGGAUAUGUAUGGAAGUGAUGGAUAUGAGCCUUGAUAAAUUUUAUACAAAAGUGUAUAAACAUGGUCGUGCCAUUCCUGAAGAUAUUUUAGGAAAAGUGGCUUUUGCGGUAGUGAGCGCGCUACAUUACCUCUAUUCACAAUUACGAGUGAUUCAUAGAGAUGUAAAACCUAGUAAUAUCUUAAUUAAUCGGAAAGGCGAGGUAAAAAUUUGCGACUUUGGUAUAUCGGGUUAUCUUGUGGAUUCAGUUGCUAAGACUAUCGAUGCUGGAUGCAAACCAUAUAUGGCUCCAGAAAGGAUAGACCCGUCGGGUAAUCCAUCACAAUAUGAUAUCAGAUCCGACGUUUGGUCGUUAGGAAUUUCCCUCGUUGAAUUAGCAACUGGUAAAUUCCCGUACGAGUCGUGGGGUACGCCGUUCGAGCAACUGAAACAAGUAGUCAAGGAUGAAGCUCCAAAAUUACCUGUGGGCAAGUUCUCUCCUUCAUUCGAGGAAUUUAUUAAUAAGUGUCUGAUGAAGAACUACACUGCCCGCCCAAAUUACAGUCAAUUGCUAGAACUCGACUUUAUCAGAGAAUAUGCCCAAAAAGAUACAAAUGUGGCCGAAUUCGUUGGAGAGAUUUUAGACUUACCGGAAAACGAGCAACCGGUAUAG